UCCCCUCCCGCCACCGUCCAUUCCCUUCCGCACCUUAUCCUCCCCCGAUCUCCCGUACAAAACCACUCCCUUCUUCCCUCCUCCUGAUCUGACCCACUCGUAUAGCAGCACCACAGCUGGCCACACUCUUCCCAGCGCCAGGAACUCAAGAACCACAAGAGUUGCAGGUUCAGGCGAGUUUAAUGGCGUCCCUCUCCGUGGCCACGCUCCCGCAGCUGACCGCCCCGGCGGCGGCGAAGAAGAGGUCCGGCGUGACGUACGUGGAAGGCAUGAACGCCUACAGCGGCCUCAAGGGGCUCAACAAGGUGACCAUGCUGGGCGUGCGCAAGAGCGCCGACUACAAGUUUGCCAGGAUCGUCGCGUCCCUGAGCCCCGCCGGGAAGAGGCGCGGGGGCACGUUCGGGGCGCAGUGCAACGCCGCCGGGGAGAUCUUCAGGAUCGCCGUCGUCAUGAACUUGCUCACGCUCGUCGGCGUUGCCGUCGGGUUCGUGCUGCUCCGGGCGGAGGCAGCCUACGAGGAGUCGGAGGAGUGAGAUGAAUAGACCCUCGCCCAGCCACUCUCAGCUGUUGGCGCCGUAAGUCGUGAUAUAUAAACGUGAUGUAUGCUAUUUACUUUGGUUUUGUAUCAAUGACAAUUGAUGAAUACCUUGGAGACACAUUUUGGAGGCAAGUUCUGCAGUCUGUCUCUCAAUUGUUCACAGGCUGUCUAGUUCUUCUUUAGGAGAAUUCACUUCGAAGGAAAAUGGUUUUGCAA